AUGAAUCCACCAAUGUAUAGGGAAUAUCGGGAGGUGAAAGAGUUUCAGCUGGUUGAUGAAACGAUACAAAGCGUGGUAGGAGCUGCUUGUUCCUUCGAAUCGGAUCGAGCGACAGUGAUUGAAGUCGGGCAAGAAACUGAGGCCGAUGAAGCGGAGGAUCCAGCGUCACUGCCAGGAACGGAUGCAGAGGACUCGGUGUUUGAACAAGCCAUGCUCCACGUGUUACGAAAUGGCCUGGUGGGUGACUGUAAAAUGGACGAGGAAACCGAACAAUCGUGGGUAGAGUUUCUGAAAGAUGUGAAGACGUUCAUGGGAGAAGGCAUAGCAAUUCAACGAAACACUUACUUGCGAGAGUGUGCAUGA